AUGGAUGAGACAAGCGAUGGCAAUUCAAUACUUGCCACGAAUGCUGUGCCGAAUUUACCAGAGGCAGCAGACACUUCGGUGCUCAGGAGUUACUUGGAACGACUCCUCUCUGUAAUUUUAGAUGUUGACGCUGAAGAGCUUCGCAUACUCUUGACUGGACGAGACGACACUACCGAGAUAUUAGCUCGUUUUGCAUCGGAUCCUCAAAUUCACGCUCUAUAUAUCCUAAAGGAACGUGCUGUUGGUGGAUCUGAUCUGAGACGUGAAAGUACUGUCUUUGACGACAGUUCCUCAGCUGUUGUAUUCUCUUGCCAACUGGAAGCAACAUAUCCACCAACAGUCAUUACAGCCAUAGCAAUUAUAAAACGAUACCCAAUCAUUGAGGCAAACAAGUCUCUGUCAUUGCAGCUUCAAGUCAUCAAUCUGCCUGGUACUGGAGAUGGUGCAAAUGCCUUUGAAGCUUUACGAGCACACAUUCACCAUGGUGUUGCUCCGUACUUUGAUGCAUAUGUCGCUACAAGGAACUCGAAUGCUGCUGGUAUUGGUGGUAUGGCUGGUGCCACUCAACCAAGUAGAUCAGAUUCUGAAAAGGAGUCCAAGUCAGGCAUUCCAAUGGCAAAAAAGAAACUAGCUGAUCUGGACUUGUCCCUUUUCCAUCUUUUACAGAAUAUCGACAUUCCAGAGAUCCAACUCAACAUCCAUCCCAUUAUACAAAAAGCUGUCAGUAAAUGUCGUGAUCUCAAGCAACGAGUCACCAUAGACGCAGUUGAAGAAGUCGCCGAUGAAGCUACUCUCUUACGUAAACUAGAAAACGAUGUAAAGGGCUGGAUUCGUGAAAUCCAAAAAGUCACUAAACUCUCACGAGAUCCAGAAUCAGGCAGUGCCAUCCAAGAAAUCAACUUUUGGAUUAAUCUAGAACGAGGACUAGCUCAAAUCGAAGACCAGCUUAAAUCAGAUGAAGUAGUCUUGACUCUAGAUUAUCUCAAGGCUGCCAAACGCUUCCACUUGACCGUAUCCUUUUUAUCCGAUACGGGUUUGAAAGAAGCUAUAGAUCAAGUCCAAAAAUAUAAUCAGCUUAUGAAGGAUUUCCCAUUGAGUGAACUAUUGGCUGCUUCGGAUUUACGACGCAUCCAGGAAUCCCUCCUCCUUAUAUUCGGCCAUCUGAAUAAGAAGCUCCGUAUAUCGCCAUACCCUAUACGUCGUGCCUUGCCCCUCGUAGAAGCUAUAUCGCGAGACUUGAACGAUGCAAUAUAUAAAGUACUCAGCCUGCAUCGACUCAUGUAUAUGGACUACGAAGACUUUGAACGAGAGACUCGUGGCUGUGAUGAUAUCUUCAAAGCAUGGGACGAGCAAUUCAAAGAGUUUACCAAUGUGGCUCGAGAAGUGACUCGGAAACGAUCUGAAAAGUUUAUACCUAUCAAGAUCAAUGCGGCCCAUGUUAAGCUACAGGAACGGGUACUGUUUAUACGUGGCUUUAGAAAGUCUCACGAACAGCUCUAUACUACUAUACAGAGAGUUAUGAGACCUGGCAAACAAGUCAAUCAGAGUACGACAAAUGAUACGGAUUUUGUUAAUCUGGAUGUACUUGAAGAUGUGAGAUUGGCUUAUGAGACUGUCAAGAAUAUUGAUGUGCUUGAUGUCUCCACAGACGGCACUCAACUAUGGGUCGUUGCUGAGAACUCGUACAAUGAACGUGUUGCUCGUGUCGAGAAUCACAUAAUUGCCAAAUUGCGUGAUCGACUAGCAACCGCUAAAACAGCUCAAGAAAUGUUUAGAGUGUUUUCCAAAUUCAAUGCCCUGUUUGUUCGACCCAAAAUCCGUGGCGCCAUACAAGAAUAUCAAAACCAGCUCAUUGAAUCUGUCAAGGAAGACUUGAAGGCAUUACAGGACAAGUUUAAACUGUCAUAUCGUAAUUCAGAAGCUGCUCAUGUCAGUGGUAUUCGUGAUUUACCACCUGUUGGAGGUGCUAUAGCUUGGGCACGUCAAAUCGAACGACAUCUCAGUCUAUAUAUGAAGCGGGUUGAAGAUGUAUUAGGUAAAGGCUGGGAACUGUAUGCUGAAGGUCAAAAGCUAUCAGCCAUCAGCUCGGCCUUUCGUAAAAAACUAGAUACUCGACCAGUGUAUGAAGCUUGGCUGACUGAAAUCACACGACGUGAAUUGAGCGUAACUGGACGAAUAUUUGAUGUAUCGAAAAGUCGUACUGCUGGUGGUAGCACCCUCGUACUAUCAGUAAACUUUGAUGCUCAAGUCAUUGCCUUGUUUAAGGAGGUCAGAUCUCUUCUCUGGCUUGGAUUUACAAUCCCACAUACCGUAUCCAAUGUAGCUAAAGAUGCCAAACGUGUAUAUCCAUAUGCCGUAUCGCUCACCGAAACAGUACGAACGUAUACCCAAACACUGAUUCGUAUGAGACAAAUGGAAUCUCUAGUAGCACCACUUGUCGCUGGUUAUCAUAAAGAUGUCCAACAGUCGGUUGCAUCCAGAGGAAUUCAGUUGAAGUGGGAUUACUUUGCUAAUUCUUAUGAUACUCGUAUGGGCGGCUUAGAAGCAUUAGGAUAUAGUGGUGCCAAGAGUGAGAAUCGUCAUGUUACAUUUGUGCGUGAAUUCGCCAAUGUCGUGACGAUUUUUCAUGACAAGACGUCCUCUGCUCUGGCUAUAUGUGAAGAAAUCAAUGGACUUGUAAUUUCCUUGAAGGAUUGUUCAUUUGUACGAAGUGCAUUAGCUGGGAUUCUGUCUCAGAUUCAGAAAGCUGUUGAUCGACUAAAUCUUGAAAAUUGUACCAAUCUUGAUACAUGGACUACAGCAUUGGAUCAACGUAUAGAGACACUUUUACUGAUUCGAUUGCAAGUUGCUAUCAAGGCUUGGAAUACUGAAGUGGAACCAAACGAAUCAACUACUGAGUCUGCAGUUGAAUUCAAUUCCGACAACGCUGUCGACGAGAGCAUGCGACCGAAACUAAAAGUCGUGGUUCAUGAAGUCAGACUUCGUAAUCAAAGCAUGUAUCUUGAUCCACCCGUUGAAAAGGCUAGAGAGUCUUUAUAUCGACAGUUUCGAGAUUGGUUGGCAACCAUUUGUACUCUGAAACGUAUUCAAAGUGCACGGUACGAAUUGGACGUGACUGCAAAUCAGAGUGUUCAGAAUGUCAUGUACGGAGGAUUGCUUGCAAAAGUAUCGGACAAUCUUCUCUCGAAAGCUUAUAGUAUCUUGGAAGACAAAAUAAGUCACGUCAGUCAGUACUUGGCAGUAUGGCUCCGAUACCAAGCAUUAUGGGAUUUGGAUGAACAAGCUCUGUAUAGUCGACUUGGAGAUGAUCUGGGCCAAUGGCAGCAACUAGUCCUUGAAAUCAAACGAUCUAGAUCGACCUUUGACACUUCCGACACCACCAAGAAAUUUGGUUGUAUAAUCAUCGACUAUGAGCAAGUCCAAACCAAAGUCAAUGCCAAAUAUGAUCAAUGGCAACGCGACGUACUCAAUAAGUUUGGUACAAAGCUCGGAGCAUCUAUACGGGACUUUUAUUCUGAUGUAUCCAAAUCUCGUCAUGAUUUGGAAUCACAAUCAGCCGAUGCUCCAACGACAGCGGAAGCUGUUUCAUUUAUAACACUUUUACAAACACUCAAACGAAAGUUGGGUGGAUGGACAGAGGAUGUUGAAAUAUUCCGAGCGGGACAAAAGACUUUGGAACGCCAAAGAUUCCAGUUCCCAUCUGAUUGGCUCCAUGUUGAUAAUAUUGAUGGUGAAUGGAGUGCCUUUAAUGAAAUCUUCACCAAGAAGAAUGCAUCUGCACAAGAUCAAAUAGUGUCGUUACAAAUGAAGAUCAUUAGUGAAGACAAGACUGUACAAGGCAAAAUCAGAGAGGUGUCAGCAGAUUGGGACAGAAGCAAACCCGUCCAAGGUGAUGUGAGACCAGAAUCGGCUGCAGAUACUUUGAAUGUAUUUGAAGGCAGAGUAACUAGGCUCAAAGACGAAUACGAUCAAGUCUGUCGUGCGAAAUCAGCUCUGGAUUUAGAUAGUGUCGUAGUCGAUAAACUAGAUGUAGUACUGGAAGAGUUACGAGACUUGAAGAGUGUCUGGUCUGCUCUCUCUCGUGUCUGGCAAACCAUCUUUGAAAUGAGAGAUAGAUUAUUUGCUACAUCAGUGCCACGAAAGAUUCGUCAAGAGCUUGAUGGCGUCCUCAACUCGGCCAAAGAUAUGCCAAGUCGAUUCAGACAGUAUGCAGCAUACGAGUAUAUGCAAGAAACCAUUAAAAUGUAUAUAAAGGUCAUACCACUCUUUUCUGACUUGAAGAGUGAGGCAGUCCGUGAACGUCAUUGGAAAGUCUUGCUCAAGAGUCUGAAAAUGGAAGGUCGAUUGCAUCUCCUCGAUAUGACUGUCGGACAAGUCUGGGACUUAGACCUGAAGAAGAAUGAAGCUACUAUUCGAGAUGUGGUCGCUGUCGCUCAAGGUGAAAUGGCCUUGGAAGAAUUCUUGAAGACAGUCAAAGAGACUUGGACUAGUUAUGCUCUUGAUCUGGUCAACUAUCAAAACAAAUGCCGUCUCGUCCGAAGAUGGGAUGAUAUCUUUGCCAAAUGUGGAGAGCAUUUGAGUUCUCUAGCUGCCAUGAAGCAUUCACCAUUUUAUAAAGUCUUUGAAGAGGAAGCAUCAACAUGGCACGACAAGUUGAAUCGUGUCCAUGUACUCUUUGAUGUCUGGAUUGAUGUCCAACGACAAUGGGUGUAUUUAGAAGGCAUCUUUAGUGGUAGUGCAGAUAUCAAACACCUCUUGCCGACUGAAACGUCCCGCUUCCAAAAUAUAAACUCUGAAUUCAUGGUCUUGAUGAAGAAGGUAUACAAGUCACCAUAUAUAUUGGACGUUCUCAAUGUCGUCAGCAUCCAAAAGUCACUUGAACGACUGGCAGAAUUAUUGGCCAAGAUUCAAAAAGCGUUGGGUGAGUAUCUCGAAAAGGAGAGAUCCUCAUUCCCACGAUUCUAUUUUGUGGGUGAUGAAGAUUUGCUGGAGAUUAUUGGUUAUAGCAAAGAUGUGAUGAGAAUCCAAAAACAUUUCAAGAAGAUGUUUGCGGGUGUAUCAUCGCUAUUGCUAGACGAUGAGGCUACUCAAAUCAAUGGUCUCGCAUCUCGUGAAGGCGAGAAUAUGGUCUUCAAAACUCCAGUCUCGAUAAAGGAUAAUCCGAAAAUAAACGACUGGCUGAAACUGCUCGAGAUGGAAAUGAGAGUCUCGUUGGCUAAUUGGCUGAAGGACUCUAUCAAUUCCCUAUCUAGCUUUUACAAUGGUAUCUCGUGGUCUUCUCAGCAGUUAUUGGACUGGAUUGAUGCUUUUCCAGCCCAAGUCGUUGGAUUGGCAGUCCAGAUUCAUUGGAGUCAGUCUAUAGAAAAAGUGUUGCAGCAAGCUGAAUCUGGAAAGCCGGCCCCAUCUCAACAAGUAUUAAAACCGUGUCUUGAACUGGUGGAAAAAUGCUUGGCUGUAUUGGCUGACACCGUGUUGACGGAUUUGCCUGCAGUUCGUAGAAAAAAGUGUGAGCAUCUUAUUACCGAAUUAGUACACCAACGUGAUGUAAUUAGGCACUUGAUACGACACGAAGUAACAUCACCAAAAGCAUUUGAAUGGCUUUAUCAAAUGCGAUUCUACUAUAAUCCGACGGUAGAAGACGUGUUACAACGGCUCACCAUACAUAUGGCCAAUGCAUCGUUUUUAUAUGGCUAUGAGUAUCUUGGUGUAUCUGAUCGUCUCGUACAGACACCUCUCACAGAUCGAUGUUACUUGACUCUGACUCAAGCCCUACAAUCUCGAUUGGGUGGUAGUCCAUUCGGACCUGCAGGAACUGGAAAAACGGAAUCUGUAAAGGCUUUGGGGGUCCAAUUAGGUAGAUUCGUAUUGGUCUUCAAUUGUGAUGAGACCUUUGACUUCCAAGCUAUGGGUCGUAUAUUUGUUGGAUUGUGUCGUGUUGGAGCUUGGGGAUGCUUUGACGAGUUCAAUCGUCUAGAAGAACGUAUCUUGUCAGCCGUCUCUCAACAAAUUCAGACAAUUCAGCUGGGAUUGAAACAAGAAUCUGAUAUUGAUUUGGUUGGGAAGCAAUUGAGAGUUCAUCCUAGCACUGGUAUCUUUAUUACCAUGAAUCCUGGAUAUGCUGGUAGAUCGAACUUGCCAGACAACUUGAAGAAGCUCUUCCGUAGUAUCGCAAUGGCCAAACCAGAUCGAGAGCUGAUUGCUCAAGUAAUGCUAUUCUCCCAAGGAUUCCGUAAUGCCGAGUUAAUCGCCUCUAAAAUCGUACCAUUCUUUAACUUGUGCCAUGAGCAACUAUCACCGCAAUCACAUUAUGACUUUGGAUUACGAGCACUCAAGAGUGUUCUGGUAUCUGCUGGUAACGUCAAACGUGAUCGGCUGCUGGCUCUUCGCAAAAUGAAGGCUGAUGCUGGAAGUGAUGAAGUAUUGAAGACUCGUGCAGAGACAGAGCAAGUUUCAAUAUCCGAGUCUCGUGCUGAGCAGGAAAUUCUGAUUCAAAGCAUACGUGAAACUGUUGCGCCUAAAUUGGUUGCUGAUGAUAUUUCACUGAUGCAGAGUCUUGCUUCAGACGUGUUCCCUGGCAUAGAAUACUUUCCUAUCGAUUUGGGUAAUUUAAUGUCAGAGACGCAGACUGUCUGCACAGAAUUCCGCCUUAUAGCAGAUCAACGCUGGAUCGAAAAAGUCGUGCAGCUCUAUCAAAUUCAACGUAUUCAUCACGGUGUCAUGAUGGUCGGUCCUACGGGAACCGGUAAAUCUGCUGCAUGGAGAGUCCUGUUGCAAACCUUGCAACGAGUCGAAGGUGUGGAAGGAGAAUCCUAUGUAAUUGAUGCCAAAGCAAUGUCUAAAGAUGCCUUGUAUGGACAUAUGGAUCCCACUACCCGAGAAUGGACUGAUGGUCUCUUCACGUAUAUUCUUCGUCGUAUUGUAGAUAAUGUACGAGGAGAGAGCUCUAAACGUCAUUGGAUUGUCUUUGAUGGCGAUGUUGAUCCAGAAUGGGUAGAAAAUCUAAACUCAGUCCUGGAUGAUAAUAGGUUACUUACCUUGCCAAAUGGUGAACGUCUGUCUUUGCCGCCGAAUGUUCGUAUCAUGUUUGAAGUAGAAUCCUUACGAUAUGCUACUCUCGCAACGGUAUCUCGUUGCGGUAUGGUUUGGUUUAGUGAUGAUGUCGUGUCUCCCAAGAUGAUGUAUGGCCACUAUCUGGAGACACUAAGAAACGUACCCUUGGAUGAAGAGGGCGACGAAGGCUAUUCUCGUGGUACCGAAACAGAUGUCUCGACCUCUAUAGCAUGUCAACGAGCGAUUGCUGAAAUCUUUGCACCAGCCAUGUCCGAAGAUGGGCUCGUGUCAAAAGCAUUGGACUUGUGUGCAACUCUUGACCAUAUCAUGGACUUUACAAAAGUCAGAGCAUUAAGUAGUUUGUUUUCACUGCUCAAUAAGACAGUGAGAAACGUAUUGGAAUAUAAUGCUAGUCAUCCCGACUUUCCAAUGACGCCAGACCAUCUUCAGGCAAAUAUCUCAAAGAAGCUGCUUAUCUCUAUAGUCUGGAGCUUUGCUGGAGACUCGCGUCUCGAUAUACGUAAUGAAUUAGGAGACUUUCUACGUGGUGCCACUGCUAUAGAUUUACCACAUACUGGUCUCAGCCUCAUUGACUUUGAUGUCAGUCUCACGAAUGGUGAAUGGGUGUCUUGGCAGUCCAAAGUACCAAUAGUAGAUAUUGAACCACAUAAUGUCGCUGCUGCUGAUGUUGUGAUACCUACUGUCGACACAGUCCGUCAUGAGGAUGUCUUAUAUUCGUGGUUGUCGGAGCACAAGCCAUUGAUUCUAUGUGGUCCGCCAGGAUCUGGCAAGACUAUGACUCUAUUAGCAGCUCUGAGAAAACUCUCAGAAGUUGAGGUUGUUGGCCUCAACUUUUCUAGUGCAACAAGUCCAGAGCUGAUUCUUAAGACAUUUGAACAGUAUUGUGACUUCAAGAGAACUCCAAAUGGUGUUACCCUCUCACCAAGGGCUAUUGGUCGUUGGCUCGUCGUCUUUUGCGAUGAGAUAAACUUGCCAGCCAAUGACAAAUACGGAACGCAACGAGUCAUAUCAUUUAUGCGUCAGCUCAUCGAGCAUGGAGGCUAUUGGAGAACAUCUGAUAAGGCCUGGGUAGCUCUGGAUCGUAUUCAGUUUGUAGGAGCAUGUAAUCCUCCAACCGAUCCUGGUCGAAUACCAAUGACACAUAGAUUCCUCAGACACGCACCUAUAGUAAUGGUCGACUAUCCAGGUGAAGUCUCCCUUCAGCAAAUCUAUAGCACAUUCUGUCGGGCUAUGCUAAAAGUAGUACCUUCGGUUCGUGGUUAUGCUGAACCGUUGACCAGUGCCAUGGUGGAAUUGUAUCUGCUGUCGCAAAAGCAAUUCACGCCCGACUCGCAAGCUCAUUAUAUUUAUUCUCCUCGUGAGCUUACGAGAUGGGUCCGUGGUAUGUACGAAGCUAUCCGACCAUUGGACACAAUAUCUUUGGAAGUGUUGAUACAAAUAUGGGCUCAUGAAGCAUUGCGUCUCUUCCAAGACAGGCUUGUCAGAGAAGAAGAACGAACGUGGACGGAUAAAACUAUAGACGAUGUCGCAGCUCGUCACUUUAGCAUAAACUCAAAGGAAGUCUUGAAGAGACCCAUUCUUUUCUCGGACUGGUUGAGCAAACAUUAUGUUGCAGUCGAUCGAGAAAUCUUACGAGGCUUUGUAAAAGCUCGAUUAAAAGUCUUUUACGAGGAAGAGUUGGAUCUACCUUUGAUUCUCUUUAAUGAUGUCCUCGACCAUGUCUUGAGAAUCGAUCGAGUAUUUAAACAGAUGCAGGGCCAUUUGCUUCUUAUUGGUGUUAGUGGAAGUGGAAAGACGACCUUAUCUCGAUUUGUAGCCUGGAUGAAUGGGCUCAGUGUCUUCCAAAUCAAAGUCCACAACAAGUAUAGUGCUGCUGACUUUGACGAUGAUUUACGAACAGUCUUGAGGAGGUCUGGUACUCGAGGUGAAAAGAUUUGUUUCAUCAUGGAUGAAUCAAAUGUUCUUGAACCUGGCUUUCUUGAGAGAAUGAAUACUUUACUUGCCAAUGCUGAAAUCCCUGGAUUGUUUGAAGGUGACGAGCAUACUGCUUUGAUGAAUCAAUGCAAAGAAGGUGCUCAACGUGAUGGUGUCAUGAUUGAUUCAUCUGAGGAGCUAUACAAAUGGUUUACUCAUCAGGUCAUGCAAAAUCUUCACAUUGUAUUUACUAUGAAUCCACCCGAGGGUGGAUUGGCAUCGAGAGCGGCUACGUCUCCAGCCUUAUUCAAUCGAUGCGUCUUGGAUUGGUUUGGAGAUUGGUCUGAUCAAGCCUUCUUCCAGGUCGCCAAAGAGUUUACCGAAACUCUCGACUUGACCAAUAAUAGCUAUCACGCUCCUAUGGACUUCCCGUUGGCAUAUGAAGAUUUACCGAUGCCACCAGAUUAUCAUGGUGCCAUAGUAAACGCCUUUGUGUUUGUGCAUCAAUCCUUGUACGAGGUGAAUGCCAAACUAAGUCGACGUCAAGGUCGAUAUAAUUAUACCACACCACGACAUUAUCUAGAUUUUAUUGGUCACUAUAUCAAAAUCUUUGCUGAAAAGCGUGAAGAUUUAGAAGAACAACAACGCCACUUAAACGUCGGCUUGGACAAGCUGAGAGACACUGUCACCAAAGUCGAAGAGCUUCGUGUAAGUCUUGCCCAUAAAAAGUUGGAACUAGAGGCAAAGACGGAUGAGGCCAAUGAAAAGCUCAAGAAAAUGGUAUCCGAUCAACAGGAAGCAGAACAGAAGAAAGCUGCAUCUCUUCAGAUCCAGGAAGCAAUAACCAAGCAAAAUGAUGAGAUUGAGAAACGCAAGACUAUUGUAAUGGCUGAAUUAGCUGAAGCUGAACCCGCCGUUCUAGAAGCUCAGCAGUCUGUCAGCAAUAUAAAGAAGCAACAUCUCACCGAAGUACGAUCCAUGACCAAUCCUCCAGAUGCAGUUAAGAUGGCCAUGGAAUCUGUCUGUAUACUAUUGGGUAACAAACUCACAGCUUGGAAGGAUGUACAAAGUGUUAUACGGCGAGACGACUUCAUUGCCAGCAUGGUCAACUACGAAACUAGUCAACUUACUGCUGUCAUACGAAACGAAGUAAAAACCAGAUUUAUUGAUAAUCCCAAUUAUAAUUUCGAAACAGUCAACCGAGCUUCCAAGGCAUGUGGACCAUUAGUGCAAUGGGUUAUUGCACAAGUAAGAUAUGCCCAGAUAUUGCAGCAAAUCGGCCCAUUACGGCAAGAGGUUGCUGAUUUGGAAUCUUCCGCCAACGAAACUCGUCUCAAAGCUGUAACUAUUGAUGAUAUGAUUCAAGAGUUAGAGUUGAGUAUAGGCCAAUAUAAAGACGAAUACGCCGUCUUGAUUAGUGAGACGCAGGCUUUAAAAUCAGAGAUGGAACGAGUAAAGUCAAAAGUAGAAAGAUCUUUAAGCUUGUUGUCGAAUCUAGCAUCUGAAAAGGAACGUUGGGAAACUACCAGUAUGUCGUUUGAUGUGCAAAUGAGUACCAUGGUCGGUGAUGUAUUGAUCGCAUCGGCCUUCUUGGCAUAUGCUGGCUUCUUUGAUCAGACUUAUCGAGAAGCUCUGUUGUCCAAAUGGACCAAUCAUCUGGAGAAAUCUGGAAUAAGCUUCAAAAUCGACUUGGCCAUUCCAGAGUAUUUAUCUAGUGCCGAUGAGAGGUUGGCUUGGCAAAAGAAUGCUUUACCAGCUGACAGUCUCUGUACCGAGAAUGCCAUCAUGAUGAAGCGAUUCAAUCGCUACCCUCUUAUAAUCGAUCCGUCUGGACAAGCAACCGCAUUCUUGCUGAAUGACUAUAGAGAUCGUAAAAUAUCCGUAACGAGCUUCCUUGAUGACUCGUUUGUAAAGGUACUUGAAAGCUCCUUGAGGUUUGGUAAUCCACUGCUAGUGCAAGAUGUCGAAAAUCUUGACCCCAUUCUCAACACAGUUUUGAAUCACGAGAUUAAAAGAACAGGUGGUCGUAUCUUGAUACGUAUUGGAAACCAAGAUAUUGACUUCUCCCCAUCGUUCAAUCUCUUCUUGUCAACAAGAGAUCCAUCAGCCAUAUUCUCACCCGAUAUAUGUAGUAGAGUAACCUUUGUCAAUUUUACGGUAACCCGGGGCAGUCUGCAAAGCCAAUGUCUCCAUGAAGUUCUCAAAUCUGAACAACCCGACACUGACAAAAAGAGAUCUGACCUAGUAAAGCUACAAGGUGAAUUCCAACUACGCCUCCGACAUUUGGAAAAGUCUCUGUUGCAAGCCUUGAGUGAGUCCAAGGGUAAUAUUCUAGAUGACGAUAAUGUAAUGGUGACUCUAGAAACAUUGAAGCAAGAAGCCGCAGAUGUCGCUGAAAAAAUGCAAGAAACAGACACAGUCAUGAGAGACGUGGACGCUGUUACUAGCAUGUAUACACCUUUAGCUCAAGCUUGUUCUAACAUCUUCUUUGUAAUGGAACAACUCUCCGCCGUAAACCACUUUUAUCAAUUCUCGUUGGAAUUCUUCCUGGAAAUCUUUGGUCAUGUAAUUCAUAGCAACUCGAGAUUGACUGGAUUGUCUGAUGAAUCACGUCGACUGUCUAUAAUAACGGAGGAAUUGUUUAAAGUCACGCAUGCUCGAGUGUCUCGAUCCCUACUUCAUUCUGACCACUCUGCUUUUGGAGUGCUGUUAGCUCAAAUCCGAUUGAAGGGUAUACUUGAUGAUGACGAGUAUGAAGCCUUGCUGGGUAUUGGUAUAAAGGCUGGAAAAAUGAUAGAAGAGGAUAUAGUCAGUAUUGUUGGUGAGGAGGCUGUUGCUAGAAUGAGUAGCAUAAUCACCCUCCCAGCAUUUGCCCAAUUGAGUCGUCAUAUCGUUGAACAUCAGGCCGUCUGGAGUAAAUUUAUUUCUGACAAUGGAGACGUUCCAGAUUGCUUUGAUUCAACUGGUAUCAGUGCUGUAGUCAAGAGCUUUAGACAGCUGCUAGUGGUCAAGACCUUCCGACCCGAUAAAACGUUUGCAGCGGCAGACAAGUUUAUUCAUGCAGCAUUCGACACGACAUUCACACAAAGUACUGAGCUGCCAUUGAAAUCUAUUGUAUUGGAUGAAGUCAAGGCAACCACUCCCAUCGCGUUUUGCUCGGUCGCUGGAUUUGAUGCCAGUUUCCGUGUCGAGUCUUUUGCCAAGGAAGUCAAUGCUCGAUUAAGCUCUGUAGCUAUGGGAUCUGUAGAAGGUGUAGGAUUAGCCGAUGCUGCAGUGUCUUCCACAGUCAAAACUGGUGGUUGGGUCUUGAUUAAGAAUGUCCACUUGGCUAUAUCAUGGCUUACUCAACUUGAAAAGAGGUUGUAUAAUCUCAAGCCACAUAAAAACUUUAGACUAUUCCUGACCAUGGAAAUCAAUCCCAAAGUACCAGCCAACAUACUUCGACUAUCACGAAGCUUGAUGUUUGAGCCAGCACCUGGUGUUAAGGCUAACUUGCUCGACACCUUGAGCACUCUCCCUCCGACAAGCAUAACAAAAGGACCAUCUGAACGUGUAAGGCUAUACUUCCUAUUGGCUUGGCUACAUGCAGUUGUUCAAGAAAGACUGCAGUAUGUACCUUUGGGGUGGACCAAGUUCUAUGAAUUCAAUGAUUCGGAUCUGGAUUGUGCUCUAAGCACAAUUGAUGAUUGGUUGGAUAUUACAGCAUUAGGUCGCUCCAAUGUAUCUCCAGAAAAGAUUCCCUGGUCCGCUAUAAAGACCCUUCUCAAACAAUCUGUAUAUGGUGGAAGGCUUGAUUCGGAUUGCGAUCAGAAAGUAUUGGAUUCAUUCAUAGAUGCCGUAUUCUCGCCCAAGAGUUACGAACUUGCCUUCCACCUGGCUGAAGGGUUGGAGGGUGAACAGUCUUUAGUUAUUCCAGAAGGGACCAGACCAGAGCAAUUCAUGAGUUGGGUGAACGCAUUACCAGCUCAGCAAUCACCAGCAUGGCUUGGAUUGCCUAGGAAUGCUGACACGGUUCUCAUGGCUUCACGAGGACUGGCUAUGGUAUCUAAUAUUCGAAAGAUGAAGGUGCUUGCCGAUGAUGAAGAAGACUCAUUUGAUGCCAUUCACGUCAAACGAGAGUCUACAGCAUUUCAGAUACCACAAUGGAUGCGCCAGUUACACCAAACAGUUCAAGAAUGGCUUGCCUUGUUACCACAGAAUAUGCCGCCAGUCAUCUCUCGUGCCUCGCAUAUCGUCAAAGAUCCAUUCCGACGAUUCUUUGACAGAGAAACACAGCUAGCCGAAAGCUUGCUAGAUUGUGUGCGCUCAGACCUCGCCAAUCUCGAAAAAGUUUGCAGUGGUCGAAUGAAGCAAACCAACCAUAUGAGAGAUUUGAUGACUUCCUUGACUCGAGGAGUGAUUCCUGAGCACUGGAAGGCGUACAAGAUCUCUCGUAAAAUGACACUCAAUCAGUGGGUCAUCGACUUCAAACUAAGGCUGGAACAGAUAUCUGCAGCAUCUACAACUCAAAGGAGCUUGCACCAAAUGGAAGUUUGGAUUGGUGGCUUAUUCAUUCCAGAAGCCUAUAUAACUGCCACUCGUCAAUCUGUUGCUCAAAGUCAAAAAUGGUCGUUGGAAGAGCUAGAAUUGGAUGUUCAAAUCGGCAGUAGCCCAAGAAGAGACGGCUUUGUCAUCUCAGGUCUACGACUGGAAGGUGCAGAGUACACGAAUGGCACAGUUCGUUUGUCUUCUGCUGUAUCAACACGUCUUGCCCCCAUGACGCUUCGAUGGCAUAGACGCCAAACUACUCAUCAGAAUAAUUAUGUAGAGAUUCCUGUGUAUCUGAAUGGUGACAGAGAUCACGAUCUCUUCAUGGCUCGACUUCCUAGUCAGAACUCAUCCCUGGAAUCUCGUCUCAUAUUGCAACAGGCAGUUGCUAUAAUUGCUUCUACAUUGUAA